AUGUCCGCCAACAGCACGGACCAGCGGCGCGUCCACUGGUCUACUCCGGCUGCUCGUCCGUGGGCCACUUCUAAAUCCCCAUCAGCGACGCCCGAGAGACAACCAUCGCCAGCUCGGGGUCCAGCAACAAGUCAAUAUUCUCCAACUACAGCCCCAGGCAGAGCGGGAGUGAAGUCCAAGCGCCCCUCCGCCUCCCCGGACCUUUCCCUUCUGAACCUGGGCUACCAACCGGCCUGGGACCCCCGAACGACCGCAAGAGCGACGACCCCAGAAUCCAGCCCGCGAAUCCCCAGCCAGCAGCGCUUAUUCGGCAUGGCCGAACCCCGAGCUCGCGCCGCCCGGCAGAAGGGCCAAAUGAACUUUUCUUCCGAGCUCCGUCUGCUUCUGUCAGCCUACGGUGACCCCAGCCCCGCAGCACCAUACCCGCUCGAACCGCUCCCCGAAACCGUCCGGGUCCUGGACGAAAUCGUCACAGACUUCAUCCUGGAGCUGUGCCACGGUGCCGCACAGGUCGCACACCAUGCGCGCCGGCAGAAGAUCAAGGUGGAUGACUUCCGGUUUGCGCUGCGGCGGGACUCAAGUAAACUGGGGCGAGUGCAGGAGCUGUUGCGGAUGGAGCGGGAACUGAAGGAGGCGCGGAGGGCGUUUGACUCCAACGAUGAUAAGAUUGCGAAGGAUGCGGCGUCCAAAAAGGCUGCUGAAGGGAAGGAAGACGGGGAUGGGGUGCUGGAUGCGGCAACUUCGGCGACGGGGAAGAAGAGUAAAGGGAAGGGGAAGAGGGCUGCUGCGGCGCGAAGAGGGUCUGAUGCUACAGAGGGGUCUGUCUCGAAGAAAAGGAAGACGCAGUGA